AUGGCGAUGAGUGACAGCGAGGUUGUGGCAGACCUGGACGCUGACCCAGAUUUGCCGGCGAGGUCAAAGCUAGCUUUCCCGGAGAGUGAAGGAGGUGAUCGGAGCCACACCAUGGCCCAGGUGUCGCGGACCGAUUAUCAGUACCGCAAGAUCUACAGGUAUGAAGCCCCCUGGACCGUCUAUGCCCUGAAUUGGAGCGUUCGGGCCGACCAGCCCUUCCGCUUGGCUCUGGGAAGUUUCAUGGAAGAAUACGGUAACAAGGUCCAACUCGUGAGCCUGGCCUCUGACUGGGUUGACACCCACGGGGACUUUAUAUGUGGGCACACUCUGAGUCACCCCUACCCCGCCACCAAGGUCAUGUGGAUCCCUGAUCCUCAGGGUAUUCGUCCAGACCUGCUAGCCACUAGCGGGGACUACCUGAGAGUCUGGCGCUGCCCAACUUCCACGGUUGGGGCUGCCGCCGACUUGGAACCCCGCCUCGAGUGCCUCCUCAAUCACAACAAGAAUACUCGCUUCUGCUCGCCCCUCACUUCUUUUGACUGGAACGAGACAGACCCCUCCCUUCUGGCCACCUCAAGCAGCGACACCACGUGCACCAUCUGGGCCCUGGAGACCCGUCAGAUAGUGGGCCGAGUGUCCGGGCACGGGAAGUCGCAGAUUGUUAACCACGACAAAGAGGUCUAUGACGUCGCCUUCGGAGGGGGCCGGGACGUGUUCGCUUCCGUGGGUGCCGAUGGCGCCUUGCGGAUGUUUGACAUGCGCCAGCUGGAUCGAAACACCGUGGUGUACGAGGAACCCCAGCGCCUGCCGCUGCUGCGCCUCGCCUGGAACAAAAAAGACCUUAACUAUGUGGCCACCGCGGCCAUGAAUUCCACUGAGGUGGUCAUCCUCGACCUGCGUAUGCCGGGCUCGCCUGUGGUCCACCUAAACCGUCACGGGGCCUGUGUCAACGGGAUCACCUGGGCGCCUCACUCGUCCGGCCACAUCUGCACCGCUGCCGACGACCACCGGGCUCUCAUCUGGGACUUUCAGCAGAACCCCCCGGCCGCAGAGGACCCCAUCCUGACCUACACCGCCAACGGGGAGAUUAACAACGUGCAGUGGGCCUCUGCCAACCACCCUGACUGGAUCGCCAUCUGCUACAAAAACUUUCUUGAACUCCUCCGGGUCUAA